UCACAAUCAACAAGUUACAAGCUAUUCAGAGGGACUGGGCAUUAUUGUCCUUAAAACAAUCGAAGUGCCUUGAAGGUAUUUUUGGUAUUGGAUCUGAGGUGUUUGGAUUUUGAUCACAGCUUUCCCCCCCUCUUGCUUCACGACAAUGGAGCACAAACAAGGAGCAUUUGUGCUGCUGAAGAUACAUUUGCUCUGUGUACUCUUUAUCUACGGACAGUCUAGUGUAAAUUGCAAAAAAGGAACCAAAGAUUCUCUGACUGACACCAGCCAUCAUCCUCAGGACAUUCAGAGAGAUCAGAUGCAGAGAGCUGUGGUACUGGAGCAUCGAAGAGCUCCUCGAGAUGUAAAUGAUAGACUACAGAAGCUAGAGAUAAGGGUGGGGGAGAUGGCUCGGGUGCUGGAUGAGGUCAGAGCUCAGACUGACAGACUGUUGAGCCUGGAGAAUAGGAUGGAGGAGCUGGCUCGUAAGCUGAAUGUGGCCACUAGAAAUGAUAGCCUGCAACAUCUGGAGGAUAUAUCAAGGGAGCUGGAUCGCAUGCAGAAAACGAUCAACACUCAGACUGACAACCUGUUGAGGCUGGAGAAUAGGAUGGACAAGCUGGCACAUACACUGAACGUGGCCAUUCAAAAUGAUAGCCUGCAACAUCUGAACAAUAUCUCAAGGAAGCUGGAUCGCAUGCAGAAAAUGUUCAUAGCUCAGACUGACAAACUGUCGAGGCUGGAGAAUAGGAUGGACAAGCUGGCACAUACACUGAACGUGGCCAUUCAAAAUGAUAGCCUGCAACAUCUGGAGAAUAUCUCAAGGAAGCUGGAUCACAUGCAGAAAACGGUCAAAGCUCAGACUGACAACCUGUCGAGGCUGGAAAAUAGGAUGGACGAGCUAGCACGUACACUGAACGUUGCCAUUAGAAAUGAUAACCUGCAACAUCUGGAGCAUAUAUCAAGAGAGCUCGAUCAUAUGCAGAAAACCGUCAAAGCUCAGAGAAAUGACAGCCUGCAAAAUCUGGAGGAUAUAUCAAGAAAGCUGGAUCAUAGGCUGCACUUGGUCAGUGUUGAGAUACAUGUGAUAAGGACAAUAGAGAGUGCCCAUCCCGGCCAUGCCCUACUCAGAACUGUGCAGAGAAUGUGCCCGGCUGUCCAACACAUACAUGUGAUACGGGCAAGAGGGAGUGCCCUCCUCAAGACUGCAAAGAAGAGAAUUUACCUGGACACUGCACUGAGCAAACCAGAAGACGGUUAUGUUCGCUGUGAGAGGGAGCAGUGUUACACUCCCUGUAGAAACCCUACUGCUCCUCCUCCAAAUACCUGCUGUCCAGUCUGUGAAGGCUGUGAUGUGAAUGGACAUGAAGUCCCCAAUGGAGCUGUGAUCCCUGUUGGAGACCCCUGUGAAGAGUGUAGAUGUGAGAAUGGAAAUAUGGUGUGUUCACACGUUUACUGUCCUGCUCCAUCUUGUCACAAUCCAGUGUAUCAUGCUGAGGAGUGUUGUCCACGAUGUGAACAGUGUGAAUAUGAGUCCAAAGUGUAUGGAAAUGGAGAAAGUUUCACCUCAAAGAGUGACCCCUGCCUCCAAUGCUACUGCUCUGCAGGUGAAGUGUUUUGUAGAAACAUGGCUGCAUCAUGUCCUACAUCACACUGUACUCAUCCAGCUAGGCACAGAGGAGAGUGUUGUGCCUCAUGCAAUGACUGUCAGUAUGAUCAGAGGGUGUAUGCUAAUGGGGUAAUGCUCAGGCUUCCUGGGAGUGGACCCUGUUUGCACUGCAGGUGUAAGGGUGGGAAUAUAACUUGCCAUGAGAAGAAGUGCCCUCCUGUCCACUGCUCCAACCCGAUUACACAUCCACAUCUUUGUUGUCCAAGCUGCUAAAGAAAUUUCUGACUCACACACACACUUACAGUGCAUGUGCUGCUUACAAGGAUGUUUUAGGAAGACCGAGGUUGGUGCCAGUAUUCUUUUUUUUUUUUGUAAAUAAUAGCCUAACAGCUCUGGAUCAGCAUGAGGCUAUGUGGCAAAUCCUGACAAGAAACCACAGGGGGAUGCCCAGCGGAGAGACUAAAAUAUUCCCCUAUGUUUUGAGGGUAAAUGGGAAUCAUAUCACUGCAACUGGCUUAUUUCACGUUGAACAGCCUGUUUGUUUUGUCUCACAACUGUGUAUGUUUUUUUUAUGGGUAAAUCUUGUUUUAUGCAUUUCAGCAUUUUCUCAAAUCUUUUAGUAAACCUCAUUAAACAGCAUAUCACAUAUAUAGCAGUAAUAGACAUUUUAAGUCACAUAAAUUUCUCGUGUAUUUGAGAAAUGUCACAUUUAUCACACAUCACUAAGACAUCAGUGCCGAUCAGUAAGAUUUGAGUAUUGAUAUAAGAUGAGUACUCUAAGUGUGUGCUGAGAUAUUACUGUAAAUUUUUAUAUAUAGUUUUUCUGAUUCCGAGUAUGACAGAAGACAGAUACCUUGUGGCAAAAGAUGGGCUGGCUUUGAAUGGAGUGAAGUACACAAGUCUGUGGGAUCUCACAGGACACUCAUCGGAGAAAGUGUUUUAGAAGAGAUUGUACACAAGGAGAGAACUAGAACAUGACAAAUUUUCUGAAUAUCUGCCGCAGUACAUCAAAGUGUAAAAUUCUGCAAUUUUAUGAUCCUGAGUGUUUGAGUCUGCAUGCUUACUACAACAACGGCCAGGCUUUGCUGCUUGUCUAUGCUAUUGUUUUGCUAUUACAAACAAAAAGUAAAUCAGGCCUUCAAGCCCAGUUUUUGGUAUUACCUAUUCUGUAUUUUGGGGCUAAACAGUAAUCAGUAAUCAGAUACAGGGUACCUGCCAGCUAACGAAGAAGUCAAAACAGUAAGAUAAUGCCACCAUCUGCUUCAUUUCUUGUAACUAUAACUUAGCCACAGUCCAAGUACAGUUGACAUUGACUAUACAUAGAAAGGCUAUUUCAGUUCACUAAAGUUAAUCAGAGACAUUUUUGAAGAAAGAAAAAGAUUGACUGUGUUACUUCCUACUACUCAAAAACCACCAGAUUCCAGUCAGGUUGCCAGAACCUUGGACCAGAAGUAGUACGAUAACAUAAGUAUCCAUAAAACAUAUUUCAUCAUCUCAUCCAAGUCAUUUAUACUGACAGAGAUUAAAGAGUUCAGACUGGCUCGUGAUGUCAUCAGUAAACGCUAAAGAAAAAGAGAAAAACUGUGUUACUUACGUAGUCAGCUACUUCCGUGCAACUGAUAUAAGAUGCGUUAAGCUGAACACAGCUUCAACCGUCUGUUUGU